AUGUCCGCUGGUCCUUCGGUGAUCCGCAAGUCCAAGUCGCCCGGCGGCCGGUCCAACCUCGAACUCGUCAACUCGCUGCGCGAAAACUUUGUCGCCGCCAAACUCGACUACGCGACCUUUCCGCCGCAGACCAACGGCCACGCCCCCGCCCCGAUCCCUCCCGCGGUCGAAGUCUGGACCGAAAAAACGGCGGGCAGCGACUCCUCCUCCUCCUCCUUCCCCGACAAGCACAUCUUCAUCCCGCGCAUCCACUGGGACGGCGCGGGGCUGCAGGACGAGGCGAGCCAGUACGAAAUCACCGUCAAGCUCUUCUUCCUGCCGCCGGCGGGCGCGGGCGCGCACGACACGGCGAGCCUGGCGGCCGAGCGCGCGCGCUACGUCGAGGACGCGCUGCGGCUGGUGACGCGCGAGCUCGGCGUCGCGACCAUUGACCUGCUCGUGGCCUCGUUCCCCGGCAUGUCGUUUGAGGGCACGUGCGAGUGGGAGGCGGACAAGCGCAACGCGCAGCAGGGCAACCUGGACGACGAGGUGGCGACCUGGGGCGUGCUCGAGGCGCUGCAGCGCGCCGGCCGCGUGCGCCAGCUCGGCGUCGCCGAGUUUGGCAGCGAGAAGCUCGCCGCCUUCAUGGCCCGCACCGCCGUCCGCCCCGCCGUCGACCAGAUCAACCUCCGCGACUGCUGCAACGUGCCGCCGCCGCUCAAGCAGCUCGCCGCCGCCCACGGCAUCGAGCUCAACGUGCACGCCGACUGCACCGACAUCCUGCCCCCGGGUACCCUGCGGCAGCUGCUCGGCCACGGGCCCCAGGGCGCUGGCCUCCUCGCUGACCCGGAGCACCCCGGGGAGCCCGGCUGGCAGGGCGAAAUUGUGCCGCAAUGGGUGGUGCGGUAUGUGGCGUUUGUGCGGGAUCGCGGCGUCAUUGAGAACAAGGGCUACUUUGCUAGCGCGGAGUUGGUGAACUAA